AGGGCAGAACGACGACGAAAACGAAAAGCCAGACGUUGUUGGGUUUGACCCUGGCUGAAAAGAAGGGACGAAGGCAGGGGAAUAUAUUCACUUUUAAUGAAAGAACUGAGACCCAAAGAUCCACAAGAAUUUCAGAACUUCGUUAGGAUGGACAUGACCUGUUUCGAGAAGCUGCUGUCUAUGAUAGAAAAUAGAAUCAAAAAGUGUGACAUAGUCAUCAGGGAGGCUAUCUCACCUUCUAGAUGGCUGGUUGUAACAUUACAGUUCCUGGCGACUGGAGAAUCUUUUAAGAGUCUGGCUUUCAGCCACAGAAUUGCACAGCCCAUCAUUUCAAAAGUUGUUGUGGAUAUAUGCACUGCAAUUUGCGACACUUUAAAGGACCAAUACUUAAAGGCACCAUCAACAGAAGAAGAGUGGAAUAAAAUUACCAAAGAAUUUGAUGAGCUGUGGCAGUUCCCAAACUGCAUUGGAGCAAUGGAUGGGAAACGCAUAGCAUUUGCUCCACCACGAACUGCUGGAUCAGCAUACUUCAGUUAUAAAAAAUUCCACAGCGUUGUUUUACUAGCUAUUGUGGAUGCUAGGUACCAAUUCUCUUUAAUUGACAUUGGGUGCAAUGGAAGAGUGAGUGAUGGCGGGGUGUAUGCACACAGCCUGAUCAACAGUGCACUUCUGGAAAACUGGUUGAACGUACCACAGCAAAAAUCACUUCCUGGCGCAAACAUUGAAGUGCCAUAUGUGAUUCUUGCUGGUGAUGCCUUUCACCUGGAGCCAUAUAUCAUUAAACCCUAUAGAGACUGCCAGAACCAGAAGUCCAAACAGAUUUUUAACUACAGACUGUCAAGAGGGAGGCGAGUAGUGGAAAACACUUUCGGAAUUUUGGCCAACUGCUUCAGAGUUCUUCUCAGUACAAUUCCAGUAUCUGUUGGUAAAGUGGAAUUAACUGUUCAGACUUUAUGCAUACUGCACAACUACUUGAUUGAAGAGGCAGGCACCACAUAUCUGACAGCUGCUGAUACAGAAAACACAGACUUGUGCAACAUAAACAAUGGUUCCUGGCGAGGAGAGAAAUCUCUCUCUAUCAUACCCCAGAAGAGUGGAAAUCGCUCGUCACUGUGUGCCAGGGUAGUGCGCGAAAAAUUUUGUAAAUUCUUUAGUACAACACGUUAUGCGUCAUGGCAGUGGGAAGCUGUUAAGAAGUACAACUUUUAA